AUGACUUUCUGUGCAAAAUGCGAGAGGGUGAAAGGGAAAAUCAAAUGCGGAUGUGGUUCUGGUCCCUUUUGCGAACCUUGCUACAACAACGAUCACUUGGGGUUUCAUCCUGAGUGUAAGAAGGCCUCGUGGAGGACGAGGUGGAUGAGAGGAUUCUCCGAGACGCUGGCCUUGUCCUUUGGCAAGGAGUACUUUCAGCGCGAUGAACACACCAAGUGGUUCGGGUAUAAUGUCGAAAAGGUUGACAACGGCGGCGAAGUCGGGUCAAUAAUUGAGACAAUGAGGUUCCGGGACCUAGUGGAAAGGGCGCGCGCCGCAUCCUCGAAGGCUGUUCUUUUCCCCAGUGUCGUCGCGUUCGUCGGAGAGACAGGUGCAGGGAAGUCGACCAUAAUCCGCGGCUUGAUGGCAGGCACGGGACUAUCAGAAAAGGAACUUACUGAGCUUGAUGCACCUGCACCGGGAAUGGACGGCGACCAUAAGCCCACGACCGGCGAGGUGAACCUAUAUCACGACCCAAAGUCGCUCAGCAGCGAGAGGCCAAUAUUCUACGCGGACAGCGAGGGCAUAGGUGGUAGCACGCCUGUAUCCGUGAAGCACCAGACGGCCUGGAAUCAUGAUCCUCUCUACCGCCGACAUAACAUGGAAGAACAAGCGAUGGACAGGAUGCGGGCCACACAAUCGCUCUACCCCAAGUUCCUGUAUAUCUUUAGUGAUGUGGUAUGCAUGGUAACGAACAACCGGCGAAGCCUGGCAGAUACCGCGGAGAAGCUUCUUCGAUGGAGCCAGGUCGGAGCAACGGGCACAAUCAAUCAAUACUUGCUCCCGAGUUUGAUUAUCAUAUUGAAUGCCCUUCCUAAUGAGAGACCAGAGUACAUGGGAGGCACUAAUAAAGCAACACUGGACUUUUUUGACCUCUUAGAUCCUGAAGUCCAGAAGAAUACAACUUUCAAGCGUCUCGCAGAGAAGGUAUCUGGUAUACCCUUGGAUAGAGUAACGAUGAGGGAUAUCUUAAAGAUGUUCUUCUCGAACAUUCACGUACACUACAUUCCAAUGGAAGGGGCCGGGAUGCUUGGCGGUGCCUUUUCUGUCCAGGAACAAACAGAGAAACUACAAGAGAAGAUUGAGGUGGAAGUCAAAACAGUGCAAGACUUGAGGCAAGAAAAGGGAGCUUCUCUCGACUCGAGCCAAAUGUCCAUCGUCUUCCGAUCGGCUUUCGUCCACCUCGCUGCCGGGAAGGAAGGCACGUUCGACUUCAGCAUGUGCCGACGACAAAUAUCACUUCCUUCCUCCACAAAGGACUUCAUCGGCAGGUUUUUGCAUGUCUCUCUCAAAGGGCGGAUUGAGAGCAAUUUUCAGUACGCGGCUUCAGUCAUCGCUUCGAGUCUCAUUCUCGAGGUUCUCAGAUCCGAUGGGCCAGAUAUCGUAGGGACAGCGGAUUCGAUUAUACCGGAGGGUGUUCUAAGUAUCUGCCGACAAGCUAUCGAAGACUUCCUCGACAAUUCCCUUGAGUGCGAUUAUCGAGAACCAACAACGCACGAACCCUGCAAGAACACUCGGCGGGGCCACGCAAACGGCCAUCAGGGCAAAGACGGGACCAUUCUAGCCGGCGGCUCUUUCCAAAACUCCCGGUUCUCCUCCGAUAAAUUCCUGCAAGCCAUCUCGACUGCAAUAGAGACACAGCUGCGAUCCAUUCGAGCCAAACCCCGCGUGGAAAGGAGGGCUUUCGCCAUUGCGGAACGGAAGACGCUCAUGCGGUCAGCUACCGAUAACAGCUUUUGGACAGAUACACAGAAGAUAAAUAAAGGAGUGAAAUGGACCGCGUUAAACGUUCCGUGCUUUGCGUGCUUAUUUCGGAAACCUGAGUAUGUCCUGCCCUGUGAUCACUCUCUCUGUCACGAAUGCGUGUCCCUUUUUAAUGAGUCCGAGCACAAAUAUCCCACUGUGAGCGUUUUGAAGCGAUGUCCCUUUUGUCCCGAGCCCCAGGCAUCUCAGCGCUCCCAUAUUCGUCAUCAAGAAAUUGCCAUCUUGCCAAAGCUGGCGGGCGUUAGAAUCCUUUCGCUUGACGGAGGUGGCGUACGUGGCAUUGUGGAGCUAGAAACUCUGAGGCGGCUGGAAUGGCAUAUUGGGCUUGAUCUACCAAUUGCAAAUUUCUUCGACCUCAUAGUCGGGACCAGUGCUGGAGGCCUCAUCGCUCUCGCCAUUGGGCCGAAAGCCCGGACUAUCGACGCAUGUAUCAACGAGUGGAACGAUCUCUGCAAGAGUUGCUUCAAGCAGAUAGUCGGAGCAAAGAUACCUGUCAUUGGUUACUGUGUCAGGUAUUUGUAUAACUCAAUGUAUGAUACCGAAAGCAUGGCAAGCGCCUUGCAACAAUCCUUUGGCGCGAACCAUAGGCUAUUCGGGUUGCAGUCAAGUUCAGAAGGGGAUGUGUGGCGUACAACCACUCGCGUCGCAGUCACAACGUCAGUGAACAACAAACUUUGCCUUUUCGCAAACUACGACUGGGGAGACAGAGAGAUUUAUAUGAGGUCCCGCACGGAAAUCUGGAAAGCGGCUCGAGCGACUACGGCCGCACCUUCGUAUUUCUUACCCUUUCGGAGCGGGUCUGAUGGAGCAGACUGCUAUGACGGCGGUCUGAUCAAGAAUAACCCGGUCCAAACGGCACUGAAUGAAGGUAGACGCAUCUGGGGCCACAAUGCCCCAGUAGACCUGAUUUUGUCUAUUGGAUCGGGCAUCGGGACCCCAACUACGCCGCCCGAAUGGGAUGCCACUGACUCAGUUCCCUGGAUUAAGACGCUGAUGGACACCUUUUUCCAGAGCAUGAAUGGAGACGCGCACUGGAAAACCUUUUGGGAGGAGAAUCACGCACACCACGAGCGCGCCCGGCGCCUAAAUGUUGAGUAUCAGCGGAAGCAGGAAUAUGAGCUCGACGAUGUCGCAAAUAUCCCAACCAUGCAUGCCGAGGCCCGGAGUUAUACCUUCAGACCUGACAACAAGUGGCUUAAAUUCCACGAGGACGCCCAUCCAGCGCGUCCCCUCGAUUCACUCUCGGAGAUCGCAACACGUCUACGUGCCAGCCUUUUUUUCUUCCAGCUCGACUCCAUCGGCCAUACAGCGUCCAAGGAGGCGACGUACAUCAAGGGGGCUAUUUAUUGCCGCCUCGACCCACGCAUAACAAGCUACGCCAAACUUGCCAAUAUGGUCGCCUGCUUCAGGAGGGGAGAGUCAAUACUACGGGCCCAGAAUGCUACCACAGCGGAUCUCAGUCAUGCCGACGACCCCGGUAUUGACGACGCACCGCAGGAACAGGGCCAGCCGGAGACAAAUAUACCUCAGAGGCCGCUCGUCCUCGACGACCACUUGCGGGGUGCCAUGAGUGCUGCAAUUACCACUGGCACGGGGUUCAAGUACGAUGUUGCCUUCACGUGGGUUCAUACAAAAGCGAAACCGAAGCUGGAUCUCCGAGUCCAGUUUACGGACCGGUCGAUUGCACCGAUGAGUGGAUUUCCCGUUACGCUGGAGGUGAGGGUCCUUGUUUUCGUUGCCUGGCUCCUGGUUCGUUGA